GGCAAGAAGGAGCUGGUGCUUCGCGCCUUCACUGGCUCUUUACUUUCCUUGUUAAUCCUCUUCACCUUGCUGGGGAAUGCCCUGGUGUGUGCAGCGGUCUUCAAGUUUCGCCACCUUCGGAGUAAGGUCACCAACAUUUUCAUCGUCUCCCUGGCACUCUCUGAUCUCCUGCUGGCCACCCUGGUGAUGCCCUGGAAGGCGGUGGCAGAGGUGGCCGCCUACUGGCCCUUCGGGCCCUUCUGCAAAGUCUGGGUGGCUUUCGAUAUCAUGUGCUCGACGGCGUCCAUCCUGAACCUGUGUGUGAUCAGCGUGGACCGCUACUGGGCCAUUUCCAGCCCCUUCCGCUACGAGCGCAAGAUGACCCGGCGGCUGGCCCUGCUAAUGAUCGGGGUGACCUGGGCACUCUCCGUCCUCAUCUCCUUCAUCCCGGUCCAACUGAACUGGCACAGCAGCCAGCCCCGGGAGGCUGCAGCGGAUAACAGCAGCGCCGGACCCCCGCCUCCGGACAACUGUGACUCCAGCCUGAACAGGACGUACGCCAUCUCCUCGUCCCUGGUCAGCUUCUACAUCCCCGUGGCCAUCAUGCUGGUCACUUACACCCGGAUCUACCGGAUCGCCCAGAUCCAGAUCCGCAGGAUCGCCUCCCUGGAGAGGGCAGCAGAGCACGCCCAGAGCUGCCACAGGAGCAAGCUGGAUGCCCAGCAGCACCCCAGCAGCCUGAAGAGCUCCUUCAAGAAGGAGACCCAAGUGCUCAAGACCCUGUCCAUCAUCAUGGGAGUUUUCGUCUGCUGCUGGCUGCCCUUCUUCAUCCUCAACUGCAUCGUUCCCUUCUGCGACCGCAGCUCCCCGGCCUCCUCCUCCAACUUGCCCUGUGUCAGCGAGACCACCUUCGACAUCUUCGUCUGGUUCGGCUGGGCCAACUCCACCCUCAACCCGGUCGUGUACGCCUUCAACGCCGAGUUCCGCAAGGCUUUCUCUAGCCUCCUGGGCUGCCGCAACCUGUGCCCCAGCAACCAGGUGGAGACGGUCAACAUCAGCAACGAGCUGGUGUCCUACAACCAGGACACGGUCUUCCACAAGGAGAUCGUGACCGCCUAUGUCAACAUGAUUCCCAACGUGGUGGACUGCCUGGAGGGCAACCAGAUCUUCGACAGGAUGUCGCAGAUCUCCGCCGCCAACGAACUGGCCACGGAUUCGGUCUACGAGAUGGAUUGCGACGCAGACUUGUCUUUGGAUAAAAUCACUCCCUUUACCCCGAAUGGUUUGCAUUGA